AUGCAGCGCAUGUUCUCAGAUGCUCACGGCUUCAACCAACCAGUUGGCUCCUGGGAUACAUCUUCGGUGACAACCAUGCGGAGCAUGUUCUUCGAAGCUCAUGUUUUCAAUCAGCCAGUUGGGUCAUGGGACACAUCUCAGGUGAAGAACAUGCACGCAAUGUUUGACAAUGCUUAUGUGUUCAAUCAGCCCAUCGGUUCGUGGAAUACGGCAGCAGUUACAGACAUGAGCUGGAUGUUCUUCGGUGCCAAGGCAUUCAACCAGCCGAUCGGCUCAUGGGAUGUCUCGGCAGUGACGAGUAUGCAGGCUAUGUUCUGCAAGGCCACUUCUUUCAAUCAGCCGGUGGGCUCAUGGAACACGUCUGUCGUGAGAAGCAUGCGUUCAAUGUUCGAGGAUGCACAUGUUUUCAUCCAGCCCAUCGGUUCGUGGAACACAUCAGCUGUAACCACCAUGAAAAGCAUGUUCUUCGACGCUCAUGUUUUCAAUCAGCCGGUUGGCUCAUGGGAUGUGACAGACAUGGCCGGAAUGUUUGAGAAGGCUUAUGUGUUCAAUCAGCCCAUCGGUUCGUGGAAUACGGCAGCAGUUACAGACAUGAGUUGGAUGUUCUUCGAUGCCUACAAGUUUGACCAGCCUGUUGGAUCGUGGGACACGUCUGCAGCCACGGACAUGGGCAGGAUGUUCCUUCAGGCUUAUACUUUUAACCAGCCGGUCGGUUCAUGGGACACAUCAUCGGUGACCAACUUGAACCGGAUGUUCUAUGCUGCAAAAGCUUUCAAUCAACCUGUUGGCUCAUGGGAUGUGUCAGGAGUCACAGACAUGCGCGGCACUUUCUGCCGAGCGAGUCGCUUCAAUCAACCCCUCGCCGCCUGGAAUGUGUCUGCUGUGAUGUUUAUGAGGGCAAUGUUUGAAAGAGCACUCGACUUCAAUCAGCCAGUUGGGUCAUGGGAUACAUCUCUGGUGACAGACAUGGCCGGAAUGUUUGAGAAUGCUUAUGUGUUCAACCAGCCUAUCUCUUCCUGGAACACGUCAGCAGUUACGGACAUGAAUCGGAUGUUCUAUGGUGCUCGCGCCUUCAAUCAGCCCAUCGGUGACUGGGACACCUCAGCAGUAACGAACAUGAACGGCAUGUUCACGCAUGCUGCGGUAUUUAACCAGCCCAUCGGGUCCUGGAACACCUCGGCCGUCUCGGACAUGGCUUUCAUGUUUCGUGACGCGCCUGCUUUUGACCAGGCUAUUGGCUCUUGGAGCACAUCAGCCGUUGUCAAGAUGAACAGCAUGUUCUACGCGGCGGUAGUAUUUAAUCACCCCCUCGCUGCAUGGAUUACAUCUUCGGUGGUGGAUACGAGCUCGAUGUUCCGGAAGGCCUAUGCCUUCAACCAGCCUCUUGAUUCCUGGGAUACAUCAGCUGUGUCAAGCAUGAGAGGGAUGUUUGCCGGCGCAGUUACCUUCAAUCAAUCGCUCGCGUCGUGGAACACAUCAGCGGUGACAGAUAUGAGCUUCAUGUUCCAGAAGGCAUUCGCGUUUGAUCACUGGGUAGGCUGCUGGGACACAUCUGGCGUAGCUGACAUGCACGGAAUGUUUUCGGGAGCUCAUGCGUUCAACCAGUCUCUUACUACCUGGGAUACUGCCGAGGUGACAGAUAUGAGCGGCAUGUUUGAGAGAGCUUUCGCCUUCAAUCAGCCCAUUGGGGGAUGGGAUACCUCCGCUGUUACAGACCUCAGCCACAUGUUUUAUGAAGCUUCUUCGUUCAAUCAGCCGCUCCCCUCUUGGAAAACUAUGUCGGUGACAGACAUGACGAGCAUGUUUGACGGUGCUCACACAUUCAACCAGCCUAUCGGUUCGUGGAACACUGCAGCAGUAACCAACAUGCAUGCCAUGUUUCGUCAUGCAUCCGAAUUCAACCAGCCGCUUGGCUCCUGGGAUAUGUCGGCUGUAGCGGAUGCAAGCUACAUGUUCUAUGCUGCUUCUGCUUUCGACCAGCCCCUCAACGCAUGGAACAUGUCGGCGUUGACGGAUGCAAGCUUCAUGUUUCAGUUUGCCCUUUCGUUCAACCGUGUGAGUGAUGUGCAGGGCUGGCACUCAGGAUCGUCACAUGCGCAACGCACAGGUGCGACCCAUUCCUUCUUCUGGCAGGCGAUGGACAGUGCUGAGUCAACCAGCACCAACGAGCUGUUGCAGGUUGCAGAGGAUUUCGCCCGCCCGCCGUGUCCUACCGGAUUCAGACCCCUUUCCGGUGUUUGCACCUCCUGCCCAAAGGGACAGUACGCAGUGGCCGGCGAGUCCCAGUGUCGGGAAUGCCCAAAGGGAGCCGUUCCCACGCCAGAUCGGGGCAGUUGCAAAGACUGUUCCUUUGGGACAUAUUCCUUUGAGUGUCGUGACUCGUGUGCUUUUCCGUUCAUGUUGUAUGACCACGGCUGUGAGCUUUGGCCUUGGCCGGUAAUGAUUGUCAGCGCCGUGUCCCUCUUUGUGGCUGUGCAGGUCGGGGUGGCUUGGUGGUGCGCACGCAAGGCUGCGAAGCUCGCUGCAGAGAUCAAGGCUGUGAAGGUGCCCACUUUGGCCAAAGAUGGCUCCCUGAUGCUCCCAGUGCAGCCACAGUUGCACAAUGCCAAGGCCCAGAUGUACGACGACCUGUGGCCGGAGCUCCCGGGCACCGUCGCUGAGUAUUCAGUCCGCCUGGAGAAGCUUGGUGUUGACAAGGCGGAGGUGAUCAAGGAGGUUGCAUCAAUGCGAGCGUGUCAAAGCAAGAGCGCGGGAGUUAGCAUGCGGUACCUCCUCUCUCAGCAGUUCACAAGUUUGGCCAGGCAGCGCACCGGCAUGAGUGAUCCGACCUUCAACGACAUGAAGAAUGCCUUCUGGCUAGCCGCGGACCCGAUUGGCGAAGACAUUCAGUGCCCGCGGGACGGCAAGAUGGGCUGUGCGCUUGUGGACUGGAUACCCAAAGAUGAGCGGCGAGCUCAGACACACUUCCUUUCUUGGGUGUGGGGAUACCAGAUUUCACAGGUACAAAGUGCAUUGAGGAUGUACCGCCUGAGUUCCCAUUCGGCACCUGCAGCUCAACACAUGUUCUUUUUUAUGUGCUUUUUCGUGAACAAUCAAUUCCGAAUUAUUGUCGAAGAGACAGCUGCGGGCAGUGAGAACCUCGAGACCAUCUUCGAGGAGAGCCUCAAGCGAAGCGGACAGAUGGUGGCGAUUUUGGACACUUGGCACCAACCCGUGUACCUGAGCAGGAUCUGGACUGUGUAUGAACAGUUCAUGGCGUCCACGCUCGAGAUACCUGUCACGAUCGUGAUGCCAGAGUCUGCCAUGACAUCUGUUCAACAACAGAUCUCUUCCGGCCAGCAGGGCAUUCAGGAGAUCACGAUAUCCUUGAGCCGCGUCGACUCCGAACAUGCAGGGGCAUGGAAGAAGGAAGAUGAGACGAAGGUGAAGGGUAUCAUCGAGGACACGGUGGGUUUCAGGCAUGUCAACGGUCACGUCACAGAGGUCAUGGUGAGAUGGAUCGGAGACGUGGUCAAGCAUCAGUUUCACGAGUUAAUCCACGAAGCCCAGCGCAGCCAGCAGUCACAGGAUUCUAGGCCCCGGAAAGAGCCUGUGGAGACGGAUACCUUUUAG